GAAGAAGCAGCCUCCGGAACGUAGAAGAAGAAUGGCUGGGCUGCUAAAGAAGACGACUGGCCUGGUCGGCUUGGCGGUCGCCCACAAUCCACACGAGCGUCUGAGGAUUCUAUAUGGAAAGAUUCUGGCAACACUGCAGACCAUGCCACAGGACGCUGCCUACAGGAAGUACACAGAACAGCUGAUGAAUGAGCGGCUCAACCUGGUCCAUACGGAGCCUGACGUGGAGAAACUGGAGAAGAAGAUAAAUUGUGGACAGAUUGAAGAAGUCAUUGUCCAGGCCGAACAGGAACUGUAUCUAUCCAGGAAGAUGAUGGAGUGGAAACCAUGGGAACCGCUGAUAGAAGAUGCUCCGCCCAACCAGUGGAAAUGGUUUGCUUGACUUCUGACCUGUCAUGUCAUCACUCUGCUAACAAUAAAAAAAAGAAUUUCUGAUCAA